AUGGCCAGCGACAACAAAACAGUUGUAAUCCAAUGGGUCCUUGACACCCGUAAACUCUGGCCGCAGGCGACGCAAACCAGCCAGCUUCGACAAUAUGCGGCCAGGGCCCUCGAGCUCCUGACGCCCACGCAGCGCGAGGACGCCCUGCGCUACGUCCACUGCAAGGACGCCAAGAUGGCACUGGGCUCGCAGCUCCUCAAGCGCUACCUCAUCAGCCGGUACGCCGGCGUGGCCUGGGACGCGGCCUCGCCCACGCGCAACAAGGACACCAAGCCGGUAUUCCUCCACCCGGACGACGGGUCCGAGCCCCUCAUCUUCAACGUCUCGCACCAGGCGGGGCUCGUCGUCGUCGCCGCGGCCCUCCACCCGCCCCCCGGUGUGACGCUGGGCGUCGACGUCGUCUGCCCCCCGGAGCGCCGCGACCGCGACCGGCAGUACGUCCGCUCCGACGGGUGGCUCGCCUUCCUCGAGAUGCACGCCGACGUCUUCUGCCCCCGCGAGGUGAGCUACCUGGACCGGCUGCCCGUGGCGGACGUGGACGUGCGGCUGCGGUACUUUUACACGCUGUGGUGCCUGCGGGAGGCGUACGUCAAGAUGACGGGGGAGGCGCUGCUGGCGCCGUGGCUGGGCGUGCUGGAGAUGCGGUCGUUUGCGCCGCCGGAGGAGGAUGGCCAGUUGGAGAUUUACUUCCGCGGGCAGAAGCUGGAUAACGUGGACAUGCACUUGGUGAAUUACCUUGAGCUGUACAUGAUUGGGACGGCGGUUGGGCGGAACAAGGAUGGGGAGACGCUGGAGAUUGGAGACUACGAGCUGCUGGAUAUUGAGGAGGUUAUUGAGUUUGGCGAGAAGGCAAAGGCUGGGCAGGUUCCUGCGUAG